AUAAUAUUAAAAUAUUAAUGCUCAAGUAGUAAUUAAUUAUAAAUAUUCAUAAAUAAAAUUGUUGGGUCCAUAAUAAUAAUAAUUGGUUGAGCGACCUCGAAUGACUAUGCUAGAAACUAAAGACAUAUAACUAGCUCAUGUCUCCCACCCGGGCGUUGAUUUAUCAAAAUGAUGGUUAAAUCGGAGUGAAACGGACAUUAUUAAAUCGAUUUAAACAUAAAUGACCAUCCUAUCUCGAUUCGACUUGACGAAUCUUGACUCACUUGUUUGACAGAGCCAAACAAUUGAAGCCAAUUUGACAAACUUUCUCAUCGUAUAUCAAAUGAUGUCUCCCAUGUAAAAAUCAUAAUAAUUAUUAUUUAAUAAUUAUAACAAUGGAUACGACUCGUAUGUUCCAAGUGCAUAGCAUGCUCCAGGUUCUUAGAUCGUUGAUCUAAUCAAACGGCUAGUAUUAAUUGUAUUAAAUUUAUUUAAUAAGAAUUGUGAUUACAAACUUCACCCUAUAAGUAAUUGAGCACUUCUACUAUGCUAUAUAGCAUUGGUGCUUUAAUGUACAAUUUGAAGUUGUACCAUAACAUUAGGGCUGUCAUUUCGGUUGCCGGUUAGCGACUAACCGUUAACCGCCGGUUAGCGGCUAACCGAAAACCGAGGAAUACGUGCAUCGGUCGGUGGCCGGUAUAGAUGAGUGGUUCGUCGACUAGCCGAUAAACCGAAGUCGGUUAACUGGCUAACCGACGCAACCGUCCGACAAGAGACGGCGCCGUUUUGCCAGCAGUAUAUCUAAAAGAAUAAAACCCUACCUUCGUCUUCUUCGACUCACAGCAGUAGCCUGCAGCAGCCACCUCCUGUACCCUCCUAACGUGACGAUCCAAUCCCCGCCGUCUCCCCGCGUUCCACCGCCGACCGCCGCCUUCCCGAAAUGCCGCCGAGACAUCGCAAUCGCAGGGCCGCCGAAACUUUCGAACUUCCUGCCUGCCAACAUCUCCCCGUCGGCGCUAAGUCUCCUAGACCCACUCUUCCACCUUCUCCCUGCCCCUCGUCCUCCUCCCCCGCCGAUGCUAGGUCUCCCGUCUCCGAGACCCCUGCCCCGCCUUCUCCCUACCCCGUCGGCGCCUUGUCAAUCUCCGUCCGUCUCUGCAGAUCUAUUCAUCCAUGGAGAAAGAAUGAGAGAGAAGGAGAAGUGGUUUGGUAUGAUGGGUGUGAAAUGGUGGAGGAAGGAAGGAGAGAGAAGGAGAUAAGGAUUGACCUGGUGGAGAUUUUUUUUUAAUUAAUUUUUAUUGUUUUUUUUAGAAAAGGAAGGUUUUUCGGUUGACCGGCUAACCGAUCCUAAAUCCGAAACCAACCGGUCGGUUGGCCGGCUAACCGUGACCUCCCUCACGGUCGGUGGUUGGAAGCUAUAGCGGGUGGCUCGGUUUAACCGAUAAUCGAGUUUUCGGUUUCCGGUUAAACCGAAACCGACCGACUGCCACCCCUACAUAACAUUACAUGUAUAAGUUUAGGUUGUACCAUAAAGGAAUUUGUAUCAUUAUGUUAUAGUACAACUUUACAACUUGAAGUUGUACCAUCACACAAGGUACAAGUUUAAGUUCUACCAUAAAAGAAUUUGUACAAAAAGUAUAGGUACAAUCUGAAGUUGUACCAUAAUGUUAAAGGUACAAUUUCAUAUUGUACCAUAAAGGCAAAAAUUUAUAGCACUAAUGCUAUAUAGCAUUGUAAAAUUCCUCUAAGCAAUUAUGCAUGCUAUAAAGCCCACAAUAAUAUAUAUCUCGUAUGAUAUCUUUUCGUAGAGCUCUAUUCUUCAACACCCAAAAUUUAUAUAUAAUUGCUCAAAAAAAUUUCCAUUAAAAUUUGACUAGAAUGAUCAAUGAAUCAAAUCCGUCGUGAAAUGCCAUCGUCAACGUCAAAGCAGAGAAUCUUUUGAGACUUCGAUUCUGAAAGAUUCAUAUAAACCCACGUCCACCUUCCGACUGUUUGUUCCGGCAUCGAGUUUUGAAUUCCAAGGGUUGGAUCACGCGGAUGAGUUGGGGCUGAUCGUGAUCAAUGUCAGAGAGAGGCUACUGGUAAAUUUGAUGAAGUGAUUGGCGCAACCGAGCUCCGCCAGAGAGGGAGUUCAGUUGGUGAGGAUUGACGAGCCUAGGUGGAUUUCCUCGGGGGCGGCGGUGGGGUUAAGAAGCUUGUCGGGAGGAAGAGGACUUCGCUUAGAUGUGGGUUUGUUGAGGCGGCAUGUGAAUUUGCUGUUGCGGUUCCGGCUCCCAAGCUCCGACAGAUAAGAGAUCUAAAACGUCAAGUUUAACGAGCCUAGGGUAGAAAUCAAUCGGGACGAUAACGAGGUUCAAUGUGUUUGACUGGAGUGAGAAGAUGAUUGUUCCGUCAAUUGUUCAGAAGCCAUGAACUUCGGCCCCUUCUAAUCUCAUGGCCUUCGAUUGUUGAGAAGAUGAAUUCGAUCAGCGGCGGAGGCAGUACAGAGGCCGUGACCCCUUUGGGAAUUUCAUGGUCGUCGAGUUUUGAGAAGAUGAAUUCGAUUGGUGGCGGAGCUAGCGCAGAAGCUGCGGUCGCAGCUUAUCAUAAAUUCUCCACCAAUAUAAAUUCCUCUUGCUCGAGCUCUCAAUCAUACGAUUUUCACUCACCCACUACAGCCGCGGGCAUAAAAAAAAUGAGAAAUCAUCGAGUUCCAGCGCCAGAGCGAGAUACGGAAUGCAGAGAAAUUCAGCUGACUGGCGAUGGGACAACGACUUGGAAGGGAUUUUCAAUUUUUCAAGAUAGUGAACUGGGGGAUGGUUUUAAUGAGGAAGACGAUGACAGGACAUGGCCUGUUUGGCUGUUCCAAUCACCACAAAUGGAUUUGAUAUGAACUCCAAGAUAAAACUGUCCUCACUCCUGUCUAUGUUAGUUUGGAGAAGGAUUUUCGUUUAUGAUUUUAGUUGAGGAAGAGAUGAAACGAAGUUGGAGGAAUCAUUAUCAACCAUAUAAAGUUUGGGUGAUUAAAAGACAUUAAGUACUUUAGUAUAAAACGCAAAAAAGUGUCACGGGACUAUAAUGCAUGUAUCUAAAUUUAAUGGGUCAAGUUUGUAAUUAUCAUUUUUAAUUAAUAAUUGCUUUUUUAUUUGAAUUAAUAAUGUACAUUCGAUUAGAUCAACGGUGUGGAAAAUCUGCAGCAUAGUAUGUGUCAGGAACAUACGAGUGUGACCCUUAUAAUAAUUAUUCUUAGUAUCAUAAUAGUAAUAAAUAUUAUUGUAGAAU